CAAAAAAUUGUGAUAAAUACAAAAACUGAAACGGGCUAUAGUGACAAUUAAAAGAGAAAGAAAGAAACAAACAAAAAAAAAAAAGAAAAAAUUAAGGAAAAAGAAACAUUUUUUGAAAGUUUAGAUGACCGAUAAGGAUAACGCUUCAAUGACUACGGUUCAAAUGAAGGCCGAUUACGCCGCUAGCGAGGUGUAUAGCACCGCUAGUGAGCCACCACCGCUGGGAUUGUUUAAUUUUAAUCCACUUCAGGCCUAUAAACGUCAAUCGAAUUCAGUGAAAAUCGCCAAAAUCACUGCAUUCACUGUAAUUAUAUCCUCGUUUAUAUUGGGUUCAUUCAUAUUGGCCUCAUCAUAUUUGCAGGCGAAAGCCUCUUGUGAUCAAGUGCAGGCACUUGAUUCCGUUUUGGAGAAGGAACUCAUGUUGGAAACCCUACAACAAGUUAAUAAGGAACUGCCACGUGCAGAAGCUCUUAUGGGUCGCGAGACUAACGAUGAUAACGAUUUACAAAAUCUUGAUAGGGAACAGCCCGUUAAGAAGGUUGAAACGAAAGUUCAAAAAAGUUCAAACGUAAUACCAGCCGCUGCUGCAGUUGAAGAAGAAACCAACAAUAAUGAAAACAAUUAUUUGGACAGCGAAGAGGCUGAUGAAAUGCAAAAAUAUCCGGGAAAACUACCAUUGGAAUUAGACUUAAGUGAUUUAGCUGCUGCUCUCUUACAAAACAAUAAAAAAUCUCGCAUGAAUUGUGUAGUUGAACGUAAACAUGCUGAAGAACUUGUAGAUUCGCCUUCAAAAACUGUUACUUUACCGUUUGGUAUGAAUUUGACCACCGAUCCGAAGAAAGCGCGCAUUACUGGUGAGCGUAUUUCCAUAUUUUGCGAAGGAGGCAAUGAGAAUAAGGAACAUGAAUCAGCGAAAACUCAUAAAAAUCGCGAAGAGGAAGAUGAUAACGAUGAUGACACAGAAUCUGUACGCCCCAUGUUUAUACCAAUACAACGGGUACCCAUACCAUUCGGUCCCAUACCACAUCAAUAUCCAUUAACUCAUAUGCCACAUCGGGCGAUGCCACCCCAAAUGCAACAUCAAAUGCAGACACCGCAAAUACAAACUUUCUUACGUCAGAUGCCACCACCACUACCACCAUUCCAACAAUUGCCAAUGCGUCCCCCUAUGCCGCCACAAGUUAUGCAAGCUCCUCCUCAACCAGAAUUACAACAACAACAACAACAACAGCCUCAACAACGUAUUGUACGCAUUCACGUUCAACAGAUUCCCAUGCGCGAAGUGAUACAUACUGCCGAUGAUGUACCCAUACAAAUUGCCACGCAUAACAUGGCCGCUGCAGCGCAACAACAACAACAACAUCAACAGCAUAUACAAGCCCAACCACCGACGCAACAUCAAAUACAUGAACCACAAUUAACUCAACAACAACAACAUCAGCAGCAGCAACAGCAACCAAUUCAACGUCAGGAAAUGCCAUUUCUUCAGAUUCAACGCAUGCCCUUAGGAAUGGCUUUGCAACACGCUGGCAUUACAGCCGAAGAUUUAGCCAAUAUUCAACGUAUGACUGAAGAGCGUAUGAGUGAAGUAUUGCGUCACUUGACUACCGAAUCUGAUGAGGAUAAUAGUAAUAGUUCAGAAGAAGAUGAAGAUGAUACCCAAACUCGAGCGCAACCCGCAAAUGGUGAAGAGAAAAUCCAAGAACAACAGUCACGUCAACUGCAACAACAACAGCAACACCUCCAUCAACAGCAGCAAUUGCAAGGAGAACGUCAAGCCCGUAUGCAAGAAUUACCAAUGCAAAGACUUAUUUUGCAACCACUUCCCGAACAACCCCGCGAUAUUAUGACACCACCUAUUGCCGAUCAAACCAUGAGUCGUCUACCUAUCGGCCAUACAGGUUAUGGACGCAGCUUGGCUCAACCUGUACGUAUACCUGUACCCAUGGUGCAAGCCCAACCUGAUUUAUCAACACAAGAAGAUCAAUCUUCAGUUUCAUCUUCUAUAUCAGCUGCUUUAGAGGAGUCUGAAAGACACCACUAACUUCGUUCGUUUUUUUUCUUUUUGUUCCUUUCUUUUUACACCGUUUUCCAGUUGUCCAGCCACGUUCAGUUUAAAGAUGUAUACAGCAGAUCGAUCUAAAUACAUUCCCAUAUAUACCACAUAUACACAACAAGAAGACCACUGAUAUAUGUGUGUGCGAGUUUACAUAACAGCUGUGAUCGAAGUUGCUGCUCCACAAUCCAUAUACACUUUUUCCAAGCAGCUAAAAUAUAUAAAAUUUUCUAUUGGUGGAUUUUUCUCCAUUUUUUUUUUUUUUUUUUAUUUGUUUUUGUGUUUUCUUCUAUAUAAAAUAAAAUUGCUAUAACAAUUUAUGUACUAUAUAGAA